AUGAUUGCUCUUCCAGGAAAGUAUACGAUUGUAGGAGCAAUCAUGUUAAUCCGACGAAGACCUUCACAUUUUAUUGCAACGAAGACUUGUCUCACAUUUGUUCCCAAAUCUAAAACCAUGAACAUGGUUGUUUCCUUUUUCCUUUGCAAAACGCCUACUCCUCGUCGUCCGAAGACAUAUCGGUUGCCUGAUGAUCAGGCAUUGAAAGUUUGCUCUUACAUGCUUCAGGAUCUGGCCCAUUGA